UUGUCCUUUGCGCGACUACCGACAGAAAUUCGCUUCAUGAUUUUAGAGGCGAUCAUACAGCAGAGACAUCCCGGAUGGGCUUCUUUCGCAUCAGUCUGCAAAGAGUGGCAGUUCUUCAUCGAGAAGCGAAACUUUUGUCGGCUCAAGCUAAGCGUGUCAUGCCUAGGUGAUUUCCAACGUCUAGUCGUUCGGACAAGGGACCUCGUUCAGCAUAUUCUGCUCGAUGUCGAGCUGCCAGCAUAUUUUUGCGUGCAUUGCAGAAGUGAACGGCCUGGCGACAGAAGACGAAACGCCGGCUCCUUGAUUACCGACGGAAUCAAGAGGCUUUUCUGGAUCCUCAACACCUGGAAGACGACCAAGGGCUUGACGUUGGAACUCGGCGCUCAUUCCCCUAGCGACUCUAACCACUGUUUUCACGAUCCGUGUCACGGUUGGUCCCGUGGCCAGCAGGUCCGGUCUCCUCCCGAGUCAGAUAUAUGGCGCCCUUGUUUCAUGCAUUCAAUGACUGACGUCUGGGUUAUAGAUAUGAUGCACGUGAUAACGAAACGCUUCCCCCAAAGCCUCAAGACUAUCUCGAUUUUUGAAGAUUUCAGCGACCAUCUUACUACGGCAAUGCUCAAUCACUAUGCCAGAAAGCCCUGGCUCCCCACAGUGGAAGCUUAUCGCAUCACAGAUCCUCAACUUGCCGCCACCUUUUCUACCAAGAGCCGCGACCUUGGGCACAUGUCUGUCGCAUACAUGAUCGACGCCAAGGAUUUCUUUCAAGGCGCCAAUCCAAUCUCGGUCUGGGGAAAUCUGCAGUCUCUGGCUCUGACAUCAAGACUCUUACGACCUUCAGUAAGCCGACAAGAUAUUGAUUCCUUGCUGUAUAAAGCCGGUACUGUUGCGUUGAGGAUGCCCAAGCUGCAUACGUUGGUGAUUUGGUAUGGCAUGAAGGGAAGUGCCUGCGCAUUCAUAUUCCGUGUGAACGGAGAGGGUGCACACCUCACAUGGCGCAGUACGUGGGAGAUGGAGCUGAGCUCACGUGUGGUAGAGGUGUGGCAGCGCGUCACCUCACAGAGACACUCACGUGCACUCCGGGUUGAUAACCAGGAGAUUCAUGGGCUCAUACAGUCCCAUGGUGAUGCCAUCCACCAUUUGGAUCUGCCCUGCCAAGUGGUUUCUCCUGCAUCCCUCCCACAAAUCCGAAGGGAG